UCUGCCUGCGUUCCCCACUGGCAUGGUGGUAGCGAUAGCCAUUGGUGUGGCUCUAGUUGUCUUGCUGCUCAUCGCGGUUAUCGUGUGUGUCGUCAGAAAGAAGAACUCUAAAAAGCAUUACUCUGGCUGCAGUACCUCUGAGAGCUUGAUGUCGCCAGUUAAGCAGGCUCCACGGAAGUCACCCUCCGACACAGAGGGUUUGGUAAACCACGUGCCCGCCAGAUUGCACCAGGGCCCAGUCAUUUAUGCCCAAUUAGAUCACUCCGGUGGGCAACACAGCGACAAGAUUAACAAGUCGGAAUCCGUGGUUUAUGCUGACAUUCGGAAGAACUGAGGAGAUCCCACCAUAUCCAAAGCAAAACAAAAAUUCAAACUGGAAUGGCUUGAAUCAAAUGUGACCCAGAGAACUCACAUGUGGCCUUUGAUGCCUAGGCUAGGACCAAUGCAUGUGAAUACAGAGAGAUAUAUGUGUGUUGUGUGUAAAUAGUCUAUUUAAUCGUACAGAAGUGAGACCAGUGUUGCAUGUUGAGAUGCAGUAAGAAUUCUGCUUAUAAAUGGCCAAUAUUCUUUUUUUGUAUCUAGGAUAAGGGGAGAAAAAGUGAAAAUACAUAACAUGGCAAUUUUAAAGUAUUUUUUGUCUCAAUCAUUAAUGGGGAAACUGGAAGGUGCUAGGGGAUUCUAGAUUUACCUGGUCGUUUUUCAACAGGGUUUUCCUUUUUUGAAGGGAUGGAUAUGAGGAAGGUAGUUUCUAUAGGAUAUUUCCUCUUCUCCAAUCUAUACAAAUUGACGGCCACCUCAUCUUACUUAUACAAUUAGACCUCUUUGCUCAGAAAAACCCUCCCAUCUGCAUGGGAGAAGGAAGAGCUAAGUUAUAAAAGAUCUGGUAAAUUUUAGCCAUUUGAAAUGUCUACCCUUCACCCCUUUAAAUGUAUGAGAACUUUAAAUUUAUAUAAUGGUGACAUUGCUCAUAGAUUAAUAGAUUUUUAUGGCCAGAAGGGACCAUUAUUAGCUCAUCUAGUCUGACCUCCUGUAUAUCACAGGCCAUAGAAUUUCAUAUAGUUACUCCUGUAUUGAGCCCAUGUAUUGUUAGAGCUUAAAGCCAGUCCCUUAGAACACAGGGACUGUGUUGGCCCAGUGGGGUUUGUGCAGUGAAAAUAAAACCCAACUUUUAAUAAGUAAGCUAAGAUAGGGUGACCAGAUGAGAGGAAGAAAAUAUCAGGACACAUUUGGGGGGGGUCCGGCAGCCGA